GGUGGCACUGUGCCAUGGGUGGCACUGGGCUGGCACACAGGGGGCAGGCAAAGGCCAGCCGUGCCCUGGGCAGGUGCCAGGGCGGGUCCUGCCGGUGCCCUCACGUUGCUGGCAGGCUCUGCCCCGCGUCCCCAAGGCGGGAAGGGGAGGGGACACCCCCGUGGGUGCCACACACGUGGCCGAGGUGCCACCCCCCCUCCUUGGCAGCGCCCGGUGCCUCCCAAAAUAGCCCCGGCGGGGCCAUAAAAGCAGAAGGGGCACGGGGGGAGGGGGAAAGCGGCGCCAUGGUGGGACCUGCGGUGUUGGGGGGCUCCGGGGGGCUCCUCUCGGCCCGCCUGGGCUGCCGGGUGCAGGAGGAGGACGUGGGCAGGAGAGAAACCUUCAGUGCCGAGUGGCUGGACCUGGAGCUCAGCUCCCGACCCGAGGAGGGGUGGUGCCGGCGGGAGGCGGACACGCAGCGCCGGGAGUCGCUGGAGCAGCGCGGGGCCGUGCGGGUGCUGCAGCAGCGCUCGCCCUGGGGGCUGCUCAGGGUGGGGGUCCUGGGGCAGCCCCUGGCCCAGCACCUCCUGCCCUACGCCCGCACCUUCCCCGUGCCCCUGUUCGCCCCCUCGGACCUGCGCGGGGCCAAGGGCGGCGUCCCCCGCACCCUCUCCCGCUCCCUCUCGCACGAAGCCCAGCGGGGCUGAGGGGCCGGGGGCGCUCGGGGUGCGGGGUGGGGGGGCAGCAGGGUGAUGUUGGGGGGCUGGGGGGGGGCUCAGCCGCCCCCCGAAAAGAAGGAUUGGGGCAGGUGGGGGUGGGCUCCCAUCGCUUGGGACCCCAGCCCGCUGCGGGCGCGGUGGAGGCCGGUGGGGAUGAGGACCCCGCGGGUCGGGGGGCUCCCGCCCUUCGGGGGGCUCCCGGCAGCUCCGGCGUGACUCAGUUUCCCUGGCGAGAAGAAGGGAAUGAGAGGAUGAGGAUGAGGAUGGCCGAAAGCCUCGGGGGGGUGGGGGGGUUGUACAAAACGCGCUCUUUGUACGGCAAUAAAACC